AUGGACUCAUCUGAUGCUUCGAAUUCAUUGCAAUGUCAAAUACUGAGUGAAGAUCGCAAUGUUUCUCCCCAAAGAGCUGACAGACAGAGAAGCUUGUCAUUGUCAAGGUUGAUUCCCCGCUCUCUAAGAAGACCGGCAGCUGCUAUUGGUAUUGGUAAGAGCACUCAUGAGGAAUAUACAGGUAAUGAAACAGGGACAGAUGAAUAUGGAAAGGUAGCAUUGGAUAAUAAUGUUGUUAAGGAAGAGCGGGAAUUACGUGAUCAGGAUGCUGCAGAAGGUGGUGAGGGAUUUCCGUCACCAGUGCAAAAGGAUGGGACUAGGUUAGCGUCAAGGAUCAAAACCAUGUUUAGGGGAUGUCGUGAUGUGAGUGUGGAAGCUGGUGGCAGUGAGGUGACGGAGGAUAAUUCAUAUGCGACGGAUCAAUUUGCAACCCGUUUGAGGUCCCCAUUAACACCAGUGCAGUCUAGUUCGGAAAUGGCUAAUUCUUGCUCUAGAGCUCUUAUUCCUCCACGGGCUGACAAUGACCAGUUGCUGAGGUCUAGUUCAGCGAAUUCGCAAGGAACCCAGAUGUCUGGAAGUGUUUCCGCUAGCACUUUGAAUGUUCCAAAGACGAGGUCUGCUAGGACGAAUACAGUGCGGGGAGCAAACCCUUACUUCGCUUAUCAGGGUCUUCCUCCACAUGCAGUUACAUUGGCCCCAUCAGAUGGUACUCCUGCUUCCCCAGAUCUUGUACCUCCGGUCGCCAAUUCUCUACAUACCGGUGCGAAAGAAUGUAACAAUGCAAGCAACGCUUCAUUGAAUAAUAUCAAAGAAAAUGAGGAAGUUAGAACUUUUAAUAAAAAUGCACCUUUGGACUGUAGAGGGCCCGUCGCAGAUAACGCUGACGCUAUGGAAUUGGGACGUUCAUCUGUUUCUCCGGUGAACUCCUUUGGAUUGAGGCGUGUUGCAUCUCAACCUAAUGACUUAGGAAAAAAGGAAUCGACGCCGUCAUCAUAUGAAUCUAGCGAUGAACAAGUACACCAUUCUGCCCCUGUAAAUCCGCGAAUCAAGAUUCUCUCUGGAGCGGAGGAAAGUAAUAUCCCUUUGCCUCCUUACGAGUCAAAUACGGGGACGGAAGUUCAACAACAUACGCAGCCAAAACGAUCACAAAGACUAAGGGCCAAAUCAUUUGGCAACAAAUUUCAAGAGGUGGUUGUGGGACCCCAAUCAUUUGAGAAAAUUAGGCUUUUAGGCCAGGGAGACGUUGGUAAGGUAUAUUUGGUGAGAGAGAAGAAGUCCGAUAGAUUAUAUGCAUUGAAGAUUUUUGGUAAAGCAGAGAUGAUAAAAAGGAAGAAAAUUAAGAGGAUUCUUGCUGAGCAAGAGAUUUUGGCUACGAGUAACCACCCCUUCAUAGUUACUUUAUACCAUUCAUUUCAAACCGAGGACUAUCUGUACCUAUGUAUGGAAUACUGUAUGGGCGGUGAAUUUUUUAGGGCCUUACAAACCAGAAAGACGAAAUGCAUAUCAGAGGAUGACGCCAGUUUUUAUGCCAGUGAAGUGACUGCCGCGCUUGAAUAUUUGCAUCUCAUGGGUUUUAUUUACCGUGACUUGAAACCUGAAAAUAUCCUAUUGCAUCAAUCUGGUCAUAUAAUGCUUUCGGACUUUGACUUGUCGGUCCAAGCUAAGGGUACUAAGAAUCCGCAAGUGAAAGGUAACGCUCAAUCCUCGCUUUUGGAUACGAAGAUAUGUUCGGAUGGGUUUAGAACUAAUUCCUUUGUUGGAACCGAGGAAUAUAUUGCACCAGAGGUUAUCAGGGGAAAUGGACAUACAGCUGCUGUCGAUUGGUGGACCUUAGGAAUCCUAAUUUACGAGAUGUUGUUCGGUUUUACACCAUUUAAAGGCGAUAGCACGAAUCAGACUUUUACCAACAUAUUAAAAAAUGAUGUGGUAUUCCCAAACAAUAAUGAAAUAUCCCGUUCUUGCAAGGAUUUAAUUAAAAAACUACUUAUCAAAAGUGAGCCUAAAAGAUUGGGCUCAAAAUUUGGAGCAAGUGAUAUCAAGAAGCACCAGUUUUUCAAAAGCGUGCAGUGGUCAUUACUAAGAAACCAAGAGCCUCCUUUGAUUCCUGUUUUGACUGAAGAUGGUUAUGAUUUUGCGAAACUAUCACAUAAAAAAGAUCCAAAAGUUAACAAACCAGAGUCGGUGACUCGUAUAACUAAACAUACUGAGGUUACUAAAAUUCAACCAUUAAAUUCCAUGGAAGAACAAGAGCGCAUAAUGUUUGAAGAAAAAGUUGAACGUGAUGAUGUAGUGUCAGAUAAUGACCCCUUCCAUGAUUUUAACUCAAUGAGUCUCAUGACAUUGGAUAAUAAUUCGAUGAUUUAUGGAGACAAUAACUCGUAUGGAAGAAUAACAUACACGCCUAACCAAAACAGGUCGCGGAGUAACAGUCAUAGGAGCUUUUUUAAGCGGUGA